AUGCGAUCACAGUUGAUAAAUUCCGUGUACCGAGUUGCCAUGGUAUUCCUCUACAUUGACCCACGCACCCAAAUUCUGAUCCAGGUAGGGGCGUCAAGCACCGAGAUCGUGCUUAGGGUCGCGAUGCACGGCUUCAGUGCCGUGCUCGAGCCCAGUUUGGCGGUCCAUCUCAUGGUAGAGGUUUUCAUAGCAAUCGGCAUGGUCAUGCUCAGCGUUUCACUGGAGUACUACAUGAGGGAAACCUUGGCUGCACAGUUUAGGUUGGACGACGCCGAGGCCAUGGUCUCGGCUUUUCGACGCAUGCUGCGAGGAAUCUGCGAUGGCGAGCUCCUGCUCGAUGGCGCGCUGAAAAUCCAAGGCCGUGGUGCCUGCUUGAACCAAAUUCUGUCUACGAACGGGGACUUUGUGGACAAACCCUUUGUGGAGUUGCUUGUGGAGUCCGAAGAAGAGCAUUCUCGCUUCCAUGACUUUAUUGCGACAUCCGCCAAGACAUGUGCAGCACCUGACAUGCAAAGUGGUAUGCCACCCUGCCUCCGCGUAUCUCUGCAAAGCAAGUCGAGCACGCGUGUAGGCGUGGACCUGUUUCAUGUGUCGCUAUCCAACCUCUACGGCUCUGGAGAUUCCUAUCACCUCCUCGCUUUGAGACAAGACCCUGAGCCCCAGCCAGUGCCAGACGCGCAGGGCCUGGACGUGUCGCGACAGCUGAUUAGGCAGACCCUGGCCCAACAGCACAGAUUGGCCCCCACUGCUCCUUCCUCUGACUCUGGCACCUCGGCCUGCGCUUUGUUUCAGACACCCAAGCUCACCGCGAUGAUGCUUCUUAUCGAUGCUGCGACGCGCCACCAGGAUGUGUGUCAGGUGCACUUGAACUACGAGGAGAUCUCAGAAAGAGAAGGGGCCAUGCCCAGCCUUCGCAGUUUCAUCCGCCCCACGGACUGGGGGGGUAUCCGCUCAAGAGUCAAACAGUAUGGGCAGAAGGCCCUUGCAAACUCAUCCCUGGAGCCCAAGGUUUUCAGCAAGCCCAUCUGGUUCAGGAUGCUAGAUGACCCGAGGCGGUACAUGCUUGCCAACACGGCCAAGAUGUCUCUCCGCAGUUCGGGCAGUGAAGCCCCCAAGAUAUGGCUCUACUUGACCGACUUGGCGUCACCAGAGCGGCGUGCGGCCUCUGUUGAGCUCGCAGGGAUACAAGAGAUGCAAGAAGAGCUUGCCCGCGAAGCAGAACGGCGUGUGCGCCAGGACAAGCGUUUUCGCGAGGCUUUGCGGAAGCAGAAGGCCGCCAUCACAGCCAUCCUUCAGGGCUGCUUGGAGAAGGUUAAUGGUCAGUUGGAGCGUGGAGAGGCAAUCUGCCAGAAGGCACACUUCCCGUUGUUGAAUCCCAUGCAGUUCGAAGACUUGGAGGCCUUCGCCCAGCACGAUCAUUUCGUGAUUGACCUUCGCAUCGACAAGGUGGAUGAAGCCCUGCAGAGCCUCGUGAGUUGCCUUUUUGGUGCAGUUUGGACCAAUGUGCACGUGGAGAACGUCAUAAAAGCCAAAGGCCUGGAAAGGUUCAACCAGGCUCUUCAAGAGAGGAUGACGACAUUGGAGCACCACUUGAAGGAUCGUUCGCGUCAGCUCUCCAACUGUCGGUAUGCCUACUUCCUUGAAAUUACGCAUCUUCGCAACCAGCUCUACAUUAAGCAUCAAGAGGGUGAUGAGGAUUUCGAGCCAGUCGAGGCAUACUUCUUUGAUCCCACAGAGUAUCUUGAGGAGGAGACAGGGGUGACAGCCAAACCAGACAUCAAGAUCGUUGAGAGCGAGUAUAGCGGUUCUUGCAUGACACGACAUUUUUGGAAACAGGAUGAGGUUCAAACUUGA